UUGAACCACUUUGUCUGUAUUAGGGUUUUGUUUAUCCUAACUGAUCUUCCGCCUGGCUCGACAAUUCAGUAGAGUUGGUUGCGUGCUGUUGGCGUGUUCUCUCCGUUCACUGUCGCGAAUAUGAGUUCUCAGCCUGAUCAUAUCAACGCAGUGGUUAUAGGACAUGUAGAUAGUGGGAAAUCCACUACUACCGGUCAUCUAAUUUACAAAUGCGGUGGCAUUGACAAACGUGCUAUCGAAAAGUUUGAGAAAGAGGCUGCUGAGAUGGGUAAAGGUUCUUUUAAAUAUGCUUGGGUACUGGAUAAACUGAAGGCAGAACGCGAGCGUGGCAUCACGAUCGAUAUUGCAUUGUGGAAGUUCGAUACCAAUAAGUACAAAGUCACAGUUAUUGAUGCACCUGGCCAUCGUGACUUCAUCAAGAACAUGAUCACAGGAACAAGUCAGGCUGACUGUGCAAUGCUGAUUGUUGCGGCUGGUGUUGGUGAGUUUGAAGCUGGUAUUUCCAAGAAUGGUCAGACAAGAGAACAUGCCUUGUUGGCAUACACGUUGGGUGUCAAGCAGUUGAUUGUCGCAAUUAAUAAAAUGGACUGCACUGAACCACCUUUCUCUGAAGAUCGCUACAAAGAAAUCGUCAAAGAAGUGUCCGGCUACAUUAAAAAAGUCGGGUACAAUCCCGCUGCAGUUCCAUUUGUGCCGAUCUCUGGCUGGCAUGGUGAUAAUAUGGUAGAAAGGAGUACAAACAUGCCUUGGUUUAAGGGUUGGGAAGUUACAAGAGUAAAGGAUGGAAAGAAUGUUACUGACACUGGCUUCACAUUGAUAGAAGCAAUAGAUAAGAUGAAUCCACCCACAAGAAUGACUGAAAAACCAUUGAGAAUACCACUACAAGAUGUUUACAAGAUUGGUGGCAUUGGUACCGUUCCUGUUGGUCGUGUGGAAACUGGAUUAUAAGACCUGGUAUGGUCGUCACCUUUGCUCCGCAAAAUUUGUCGACUGAAGUCAAGUCGGUCGAGAUGCACCACGAAGCACUCACCGAAGGUCUCCCUGGAAGCAAUGUUGGAUUCAAUGUGAAGAACGUGCCUGUUAGUGAAAUCCAUCGCGGCAAUGUUGCAGGUGAUUCCAAAAAUGAUCCUCCUAAAGCAGCUGAGAGUUUCAUGGCGCAAGUAAUUGUCAUGAAUCAUCCAGGUGAGAUCAAAAAUGGCUAUUCUCCAGUCCUUGAUUGUCAUACUGCACAUGUUGCCUGCAAAUUUAGUGAAAUAACUGAGAAGCUUGAUCGACGUUCAGGGAAGGUGAUUGAAGAAAAUCCAAAGUUCAUUAAAACUGGUGACGCUGCAAACGUGAAACUUGUACCGUCCAAACCCAUGUGUGUUGAGACAUUCCAGGAGUACCCACCGCUCGGUCGCUUUGCUGUUCGAGAUAUGAAGCAAACAGUAGCUGUCGGUGUCGUUAAAAGUGUCGUCAAGAAAGCUGAUGCAAGUAAAGUUACAAAGUCCGCUGCAAAGGCUUCAAAGAAAAAGUAACUUAUCGUUUUAGUAUACCAAUUAAACUUAUUGGAUCAAAACUGCUUUUCUAAAAUUGCUUGAUCAAAUCAUGUGUUUAGUAUUGUAUAUUUGAUUAAGUAGUCUUGUCGACUGUUUAGGUUAUGUCGACCGGAUUGUUGUUUAUGCGUCGCUUAAGUAGUACUCAGUCGAAUGGGGCCUUGUUAAAUUAAGUCUAGGUGACACGGUCUGAGUUUUGGAUUUCAGUGUGCGUUAUUCCUGGGUUCUAAUGCUUUGCUAAUCAAGAAAAUGUGGUUUGCACCUGCUAAUGUAACAAGAAUGCGUGUAGGUCGUCUGGAGUCUUAAGCCCAGGUUGUUCAGCUGUCGUAUGCGUGGAUAAAUCGUUUUGUUGAAACAGCGAACCUGACUGAAGGGUUUUUUGUACGAUAUUAUUGUGAGGUUACUUUCGAUGUAAAUUGCUGUGUCUACUCAAAUGGUUGUGGACGGAAUAGAAGAAGCUUUCGCUUAACAGGCUUCCGUGUCUAGUAGCAGGGGAUCACCAAAUCCUCCAGGCAAGAACCUAAAUAUGUU